GCGCGGCCCCUGCCGCCUCCUCGGCCCCUGCUAGCCCACGCGAGAGGGGGGCCUCGGCCGCCGGGGCCAGCCGCUCGAGCCGCGCCCCGGGGGAGGCGGCACCGCGGCGCUCAGCCCUUCGCUCUCCAGCUGCGUCCCCUCCCGGCCGCCCCGGGCGCCCAGCGGCGAUGGGGGCGCUGCUGGCGCUCUGGCUGCUCCUGGGCUGCCUGCGCUGGAGCCCAGCGGGCGCCCAGCAGUCCGGAGAAUACUGCCACGGCUGGGUGGACGUGCAGGGCAACUACCACGAGGGCUUCCAAUGCCCGGAGGACUUCGACACGCUGGACGCCACCAUCUGCUGCGGCUCCUGCGCGCUGCGCUACUGCUGCGCCGCGGCCGACGCCAGGCUGGAGCAGGGAAGCUGCACCAACGACCGCGGCGAGCUGGAGCACCCCGGCAUCACCGCGCAGCCCGUCUACGUCCCCUUCCUCAUCGUCGGCUCCAUCUUCAUUGCCUUCAUCAUCCUGGGCUCUUUAGUGGCUAUUUAUUGCUGCACCUGCUUGAGACCCAAGGAGCCCUCACAGCAGCCAAUCCGCUUCUCACUCCGCAGCUACCAGACAGAGACCCUGCCCAUGAUCUUGACUUCCACAAGCCUCAGGGCACCUUCCAGGCAGUCCAGCACGGCCACCAGCUCCAGCUCCACCGGGGGCUCCAUCCGCAGAUUCUCCUUUGCCAGAGCAGAGCCAGGCUGCCUGGUGCCCUCACCGCCCCCACCUUACACCACGGGCCACCCAAUCCACCUGACGCAGCCAUCCGGUUUCCUGGUGUCACCCCAGUAUUUCGCUUACCCGCUCCAGCAGGAGCCCCCGCUGCCUGGGAAGAGCUGUCCGGACUUCAGUUCUAGCUGACAGGCCACCACGAUAAAUCCAGCCGGUAGGACACCCGCAAGACAGGUGGAGGCCUGUCACCAUUGCCACAAGGACUUUCGGGGGGAAUUUCCCUUGAACCAAGUACGGUCCUGGAGGAAUGUGCUAGAAAAUACAGCACCA